AUGCACCCGGACGAUGAGGAUAAAACAGCUUUCUACACGGCGGAAGGGAUUUUUUGUUACAAGAAAAUGCCAUUUGGUUUAAAAAAUGCAGGGGCAACGUACCAAAGAUUGGUAGAUAAGGUGUUUGGAAGGCAAAUAGGGAGAAACUUGGAAGUCUAUGUAGACGACAUGGUAAUAAAAAGUAGAAGCGAAGAGGAUAUGUUUGUAGAUAUUGAAGAAACGUUCAAGACGCUCCGCUCCAUCAACAUGAAAUUAAAUCCUAAAAAAUGCUCGUUUGGAGUUGAGGAGGGUCAAUUUUUAGGACAUGUGAUCACAAAAGAAGGAUUUCGGGCCGAUCCGGAAAAAGUUAAGGAUAUUCAAAAUAUGAAGCCUCCGCAUGCCCUCAAAGAGGUCCAAAGCCUCAAUGGCAAGCUUACGGCCCUUCAUCGUUUUUUGUCCAAGUCAGCAGAUAAAUCCCUCCCUUUCUUCCACACCCUUAAAGAGUCUUACAAGCUCCCGAAACGAGAUAUCUCGAAAUUGAAAAGUUGGCCCUUGGGUCUAGUUCACGCAGCCCGAAGGCUACGGCGCUAUUUUCAAGCACAUUCAAUUCAAUUGUUAACCGACAAGCCCAUUAAGCAAAUCUUAUCAAGGCCGGAAGUUUUGGGAAGAUUGGCAAAGUGGGCAGUAGAGCUAGGAGAGCAUGAGAUUGAGUUCAAACCCAGAAAUGCAAUUAAAGGCCAGAUAUUAGCAGACUUUCUGGCAGAAGUCCCAGCAACAAAAGCACAAAAUAAGAGAAAGAUCAUACAAGAGGCAAAGUCGGAAGGGUCGGAGGAGGCGCCAGUGUCAGAAACUUGGAAACUUUUCAUCGAUGGAGCCUCUAGCAUGGAUGGCUCCGGAGCAGGACUCAUUUUAACAAACCCAGAAGGACAGGAAUUCACUUAUGCACUCCGUUUUGAUUUCAAAGCCUCAAAUAAUGCUACGGAAUACGAGGCAUUAUUGGCAGGGUUACGAAUUGCAAGACAAAUGAAGGUCGAGCAUAUUCAUGCUUGCAUGGAUUCACAGAUAGUUGCUUUUCAGGUAGAUGGAACGUAUGAGGCAAAAGAGCCAGCAAUGAAGAAAUAUUUGGAAAAGGUAAGGCAAAUAAGGCAUAAGUUUAAAACGUUCCGGAUACAGAACAUUAGCCAAAGCCGUAACAAAAUUGCUGAUGCCUUAAGCAAAUUAGCCUCCACCUCCUUCGCCCAUCUAACCAAAGAGGUACUUGUUGAAACUUUACCAAAAAGUUCUAUAGAAGAAUUCAUUGUGGCACCUGUUGAAGAGGAAGACCAAAAUUGGAUGACCCCGAUAAUUGAGUAUUUGACAAGUGGUAUAUUACCAGCGGACAAAGAUGAAGCAAGGAAAAUUAGGAUCAAGGCUCCACAAUAUAUUCUCCGAGAGGAGGGGCUUUACAAAAAAUCCUAUCUGGGGCCACUAUUAAGAUGUGUAGGACCAAAUCAGGCAAAAAUGAUCAUUGCAGAAAUACAUCAGGGAUGUUGCGGAGCUCACGCAGGUCCCAGAACGGCGCCGGGGCGAGUUAAGUUUUUGGUUGUAGCGGUGGACUAUUUCACAAAAUGGAUUGAAGCUAAACCAUUGGUCACAAUUUCUGGUAAGCAAAUGGAAAAGUUUGUAUGGGAACAAGUGGUGACACGAUUUGGAAUACCUCAAGUUAUAAUCAGUGAUAAUGGAAAACAAUUUAGUCAAGGAAUUUUCCCACAAUUUUGCAAAAAUCUGGAAAUUCAACAACGCUUCACGUCCGUAGCCCACCCACAGGCUAACGGACAGGUCGAAGCCAUGAACAAACAGAUUGUGCACGGAAUCAAGACAAGGUUGGGAAGGUGCCAAAGUGGAUGGCUGGACGAAUUGCAUCAGGUAUUAUGGGCCCUACGUACAACGCCAAAAACAAGUAACGGGGAAACCCCCUUCAGUCUUGUAUAUGGCUCCGAAGCAAUGAUCCCGACGGAGGCAUGUGUACCAACCAUCCGCAGGUUUAAUGAUGAAGAAGAAAACGAAGAACAACUCCGACAAAACUUGCACUUACUUGAGGAAAGAAGAGAAAUAGCUUCGAUAUGGGAAAGAGCUUACAAAACACAAAUAAAGAAGUAUUAUGAUCAAAGAAUCAAAAAAGAAGUUUUCAGGCCAGGAGAUUACGUUUUCAGGAACAAUGAGGCAAGCAAAGCUGAGAAGAUAGGCAAGUUAGGACCCUAG